CCUACCUACCAGGCGCUAUGAGAGCUUGCAUUGGCAUGUCAGUAAACGGCAAAUGACGGACGUACUUUCUGGAUGUUAAUGUUUCUAGAUGAAACGUCGACGUGGGAACCGACUGUGCCAUCCCUUUUGGACUGUUUACCCGCCUCGAUCAAGACGCGGGGCUUGUCCGGGCCGGGGAAGAGACGCAGGCCUCGGAUGGGCCUUCCCUCGAAGCUGCGGCCGCCGUCCACGACCUGCGCGGCCGGCGCGUGCGCCGCGGCCAGCCGAGCCAGCCACUCGUUGAUCUGGGCGGCGCGGAGGCAGGAGCGACCAGAGUCAUGCGGGGCUGCACGGGGGGCGUUCGGACCAUGUGUGGGACUCACGUCGUCGAUGCGCUGAAACUGCUGAAAGCUGAAUGAGUCGUGCUGCUGCUCCGGUCGUCCGGCUUGGUCGCGGUGUUCAUCGGCUUCCGCAGACUCCCUGCGAGAGACAUUUGGACGGUUGGACGCUCGGUUGAACAGCAAUUUUAGAGAGGGGGUGGUGCAAGUUUGACUCACGUCUGGCGACCGGAGGUUUGUGUCGUCGCCAUCGUGUCCUAGACAAAUUACUCGAAAAUUUUGAUGGGUUAGGGAAGUAAAAGUCUGUUGGGUGAAGUGUCGAGUUUUAGACAAGGCGGUUGCGACCGGAAGCCGGCAGCUGUUGCGCGGCCAUUUGUUUUUGUUUGAAAGUUGUGCUGUUUAUCAACAGAUCAAUAUUUUCUUGUCAAAUUGUACGGGCAUAUGUAGAGGAAUUGCUACUUCUAUUUUCCUGACAGUUUAGAAGCUGCAACGAAAUGGCUGAUCUGCUCAGUAUACUCAGGCAGUAUGAUGCUGCAAACAUCCCAGCAGUACGCCGUCCAGAUUUUAAAGGCCUGUUGGCAUUUCUCAAUGGAGAAAUAGCUACUGCUCCCAGUAUUGAUGAAUCUGCACCUCUUGAGACUCCAACUCAAGUUAAGCGCAGAGCAGAAACAGAUAGUGCUGAAACAGUAGCAAAGAAGCCACACUUAGAGGUUACCGACACUAUAAAAACAGAACCUGCCUCACCGCCUCUUCCAGCCACAACUGAAAGUCUAGAAGGCACAGAAUCAACAGAAAGUUUAAGAAACAUAUCCUUGGCAGAUUUGCUUGAUGCAAUGCAGACUCAGCAGAUGGGCAACACCAACCGAAGUUCUGGGCUGCAAUUGCUUAAGAAUCGCACUACUGUACAUGUAACCGUCGGGGAACUUGUAAGGUAUGGAGCCAGCCUUUCCAACAGAUUCAAACUGCUGCAGUUUCCAUUUGCUCACCAAUCUGUACUCCAUGAGAUGGUCAACUUAGUAGCAGCUCAGUUCAUUCACAGCAUCUUAAAUGAUGCACCUACAUGCCAACAGGAUGAAAAUCCUACUCCUUUUGAGACGCUCACCUUUGAAUCCUCAGACCUUUCUGAGUACAAACAUUUACAUCCCAAGGAUGAGGAAGUCUGAAGAUCGUAUGCACAUCGUCUAGAGGGGCAUCACUUCCCCCAGACAGUGUACGCCCAUGAAUUCAGUCAUUUUCCAUUUUCUGUUGAAUCACAUUCCAGUUCCAGUCACAGCAAGAACCUUAAAAUCUGGAUCUUGAAUUAAAUUUUGACUUUCCUACCA